UCGCCGAGAAACCCUGCAAGACGCCGCGGAUAGAGAGCAUCAUCUCGCUACCUACGGUGGCCGAGAUCGCCCUCCGGCGCAAGACUCGCCCAACGCCACUACACUUCACCUCGGCCAAACGGAGAAGAGUCGGCGUUCAUCCGCCUCCAACAUCAGGCGCUCGGUCGCCUCCAUCUACGGGCGCUCGGUCGCCUCCAGGCUCGAAAGCUCGAUCGCCUCCAGCUACAGGCGCUCGGCCGCCUCCAACAACCGGCGCUCAGUCGCCUCCAGCCACCGGCGCUCGGUCGCCGAUUAACUUGGGCACGGUGGAUCUGACCCUCGGCGCCAGUCCACCAUCCGCCAGGGACAAACCACCGGCUCCAGGAGCCCUGCUACCCAGGAAGAAAAGGAGCAAGGACCGGCUUCAGGCUUUAUUCGGCGCUAGCCCGCCAAAACCAAUUACCGGGCAUUCCGGCUCGAAAGCCAAGAGGGACCGACCAAUCACGCCGGACAUCAAACGACCGCGGAGUAUCACGCCUCCGAUUCCGUGGUAUCCUCCGCCGCUUGUCUCGCCUCUACGACGAACGCCCAUUAAACGGGAUAGUACCACGCAGACGAGCCCCCGCAAAACCGGCAUCGACGCAGCGACGCAAACCAAGCGACGAAGUGGAAGAGCACGUAAAGUGCUAGUAAACAACAACUACCAAACGCUCAAUCGCAAUUGUAAUAAAGAAAAUCGUUAG